UCGUCAACUUCAGAGUUCACGAUCAGUGCGAUUUAAACCAUUGGAGAAGUGGGUCCGCUUGGCUUUUUAUUUGCGGAGUGAAAAAUGUUUUAAAGUUUAUUAAACAACACAAUUCCAAACGUUUGACAAGAAUGCCAAGUCAAUAGGCUGGUAGCUGCAAACAUGGCUGGAAAGAUGUUGGAUGGCACGAGCCCAGGCGGCGUCGACGGCAAACAAAAAAUGUCACCAUUCUUAAGACAGUUUCUGGCGGUCAGUGGUAUUGUUAUGUACAUGAUUGGAACUGGGGCUAACAUCGCCUAUCCUGGAGUACUGCUGGAGCAGCUGCGACGGCCAGAUUCUGUGUUACGUCUUACCCCAGAACAUGAGUCGUGGAUUGCUUCAAUACUGGGCUUAGCACUAAUUUCCGGGAUCGUAGUGGCUCCAUUCUGUCUUCAGAAGCUCGGCCGUCGUCUUACCAACCAGCUGAGCUGUCUGCCAGCACUCUGUGGGUGGGCUCUGCUAGUGACUGCUAAAGGCCCAGCUUUGAUACUUGUUAGCAGAUCGUUACAGGGUUUCGCAAUGGGACUGCAAGCAGCCGCGGCGCCUGUCUCCAUAGCUGAGUACUCCGCCCCAAGGCACAGAGGAGCUUUCCUAGCAACUAUCGCUUUUUCCUUUGCCACAGGAAUGUUGGUAGCCCACGUAUUCGGUACAUUUCUGUAUUGGAGAACAGCAGCUGUUGCAUGCGGAAGUUUCUACGCCAUAGCACUGUUCCUGAUCUCUUUAUCACCUGAAACCGCACCAUUUCUUGCGUCUAAAGGCAAAUUUGAGGAAUGCCGAAAAUCAUUUCGAUGGCUAAGAGGCUCCGAUGAAAGUUCCGAGAAGGAAUUAGAAAUUCUACUCGACAGCCAGAAGAAGAAUUCAGUACCGUCGAAGAAGUCAAAAUUUAAACUGUUCUUUGAAAUCGUGCGCAAACCAGAAUUUUAUAAGCCUACUGUGAUAAUGAUGUAUAUGUUUAUAUUGUUUCAAAUAUCUGGUAUGACUGUUGUACCAUCGUACACAGUACCUAUGAUGCAAGAAGUGACAGGGGGUGCGAUUGAAUCGUGUACUGGGAUGCUGAUGGUAGACAUAGUGAGAUUUCUAACGGCAAUUUUAUCAUGUGUCGUUGUAAAUAAACUGAACAGAAGAACUGUCCUCUUUUUAGGUGUCUACAUCAGUGUAGUUGCAUUGUUUUCAACGUCCCUGCUUUUGUACUUGAGAGAUUUUGGUUAUAUACCUGAUGAAUACAAAUGGACGCCUGUGAUACCAACGCUGAUAUAUAUUUUUGGGAAAACGUUAGGUAUUUUACCAAUACCGUGGGCAAUUGCCGGCGAAAUCUUUCCCUUAGAUUAUAGAUCUCUAGGUAGUGGAAUUUCUGGAAUGUUCCUGUCAAUUAUGUUUUUCGUUGUCGUGAAAACAGCUCCAACAUCAUUCAGACAGAUCGGUGUCAGUGGAACGUUUUGUGUGUAUGGGCUUUGCAUUGCUAUUUGCGGUGCAUUUCUAUUUUUCUUAUUACCCGAAACCAAAGGUAAAACUUUGUACGAAAUUGAAUGUUAUUUUAAAGGCACCAAAGGUGAAAUUGGUGAAACAGAACCCCAUGAAAAGGAUAAAAUGUUGGAACUGGAGAACAUAGAGGGAGGUUGAGAAGGAAACCAGGAAUAAUAGGAUACGCCUUUCAGCUUUAUAGAGCUGGCCAUGUAGUUAGGAGGAAUUUUGCGAUUUAAAUGGAUAUGCAUUUAAGGAAUAGUAUUAUUUUGACGCAAUAUAUUUUAUUUUUGUGAUAUUUUUUAUAUUCAAUAUAAUAAAAAAG